GAAAUCAGUUAUUUUAAAUAGUACAAAUAUUUCACAAUAUUAGUUUUUGCUGUGUUUUGGAUCAAAUAAAUGCAGGCUUGGUGAGCAGAAGAGACUUAUUUAAAAAACAUUAAAAUAUUUUGACUGGUAGUGUAGACCUUAGCUUUUUAAUCUCUUAAAUAUGAAUGCAUAUAAUAACAAAGCAGCAGAAACAGCAUCUACAGUCCUUCAUUUUCUCUCUCUUCUGACAGAGCGCGCCUGUGAAAUUAUUUCAAACACUUUAUGACUCAUCCGCCAAUGAAAUCUGCGCACGCUCUAUCUAUUUACUAAAAUCCUGUACUCUAAGCCAAUCAGGUGUGAGUGGGCGUGUCCGGGUGAGUCGCGCCGGGGUAGAAACAGAACUGAGCAUCAGCGGACGGUUUACUUGAGAAUGGCGGCUGCUGCGUGCAGUACGCAGAGCACACUGAACCCAUGCACUGGCAAACUGCACAGAGAGCAUCUGCGGAAAAGUAAAGAUUCGCGGAGGAGACAAGCUGCGCUUUUGUUUCUCACUAAUAUAUCCUUGGACGGACGGCCUGUGCGGAACAAUGUGAGCGUAGCGGGCCCAAGUGAUGCCGAGUUUCAGUGCUCUGACAUCGGCGCUACUGUCAGCGAACUGUCCGCUGCAGCGGGUAGCGAUGGGACCUUCUCCAGCCUCUCUGUCCCCAGACUCGGGCUGCUCAAUGUCCCGCCCAUCCUGGUUCUGCCGUCGGAUUCUGGGUUCAGUAACGUCGGGAGUACCGAGAUGUUCCUGGAGAGGGAGAGAGGCUCGUUCUCCUCGCAGAGCAAUCUCCUGUCCCCGUGCAGUCUGCAGCCCACUCCGCUCGGACCGCGGAAGUCUCCGACGCUGCUGUCAGUGCAGAGCUGCGGCUCUUCGCUGGAGUCUCGACCGCGGAGUCGGAACCCAUCUGGAUCUCCUCGUCCACGCUCCAUGAAGAAAGUUCACUUUAUUAAGAACAUGAGGCAGUAUGACACAAGGGGCAGCAGGAUCGUGCUUAUCUGCGCCAAAAGGUCUUUGUGUGCCGCCUUCUCUGUGCUGCCGUAUGGGGAGAGCUUCCACAUCAGUGACCCUCAUCUGGAUGCUCAGCGGCGGAGACACUCGUCUGGAGGAAUAUCCACCACCCUAGAGAUGAUUCCCGGGCUGGAGGGGGUGGAGCUGGGCAUGUACGGCAGGACGGUGUCGUACGCUCAGUUCCUGUACCCCACUAACGCUCUGGACCGCCACAAGCCUGCAGUGGAUCUCGCUCUACCCAUGCCUUAUUCCAGAAACAGCAUCCCUUGCAGCUAUCCUCCCUCUCGCCUCAACAGUACUGUCGGCCUGGACCUGGGUAUGUCUCACACAGGCCUUGAAGACACUGAGUAUGACCCUAAUAUGCUCAGUGACCCACGGUGGCCAUGUGGAAAACACAAAAGAGUGCUCAUCUUUGCCUCAUACAUGACAACAGUAAUAGAGUAUGUCAAACCGUCGGAUCUGAAGAAGGAUAUGAAUGAGACUUUUAAGGAAAAAUUCCCCCACAUCAAACUCACACUAAGCAAAAUCAGAAGUUUGAAGAGAGAAAUACGUUCAGUAGGAGAGGAGUCUUCCAUGCAGCCGGUCACUAUAGCCAUGGCAUUUGUGUACUUUGAGAAGUUGGUCCUACAGGGGCGUCUCAACAAGCAAAACAGGAAGCUGGUGGCGGCCGCGUGCCUCCUACUCGCCGCCAAGAUCAGCAGCGACCUGAAGAAACAAGAGGUCAAACAACUGAUUGAUAAACUGGAGGAGAGGUUUCGGAUUAGCCGUCGGGAGCUGAUUGCUUUCGAGUUUACUAUUUUGGUGGCUCUGGAAAUGGCACUUUACCUACCGGAGAGUAAAGUCAUGCCCCACUACCGCAGACUGGUGCAGCAGAGCUGACAUGGGUAAAGCGGAGGGCUCAGGGCCGUCGUGAAUAUGCAGAUGAGAUGAGUAAAGCAGCCGAAAGUGUGGGACUCUGCGUUCCCGCCACUGCAGUUUGAGGUAUCAGAGCGAAUACACAUCAACGCAAAGCUCUAAGGAAGAACUGACUUUCCAAAUGAUGCUUUUUAUAGCAAUCUGGCCAGCGGCAUUUUUUUUUUUUCA